GGAAAACUCGACGUUAAAUCGACGACGUGAAUCGAGAUUUUCUCUGAAGCCUAUAAAUAAAAGGGAAACGUGUUUUCCUGUUACACCGCUGGAAUUUAUUGAUCCCAUUUAACGUGGCAUUCACUGUUUAUUGCCCUGCAACUUCCUAAUUCCAUUUCUGCCACUCGAAUCUCCUGGAGAAACAUGACUUCCUCAGAGAAGAAGGUUAUUCUUGUCACUGGAGGAUCAGGUUUGGUUGGACAAGCAAUUAAAACAGUUGUUAACGACAAAGAAAAAGAACCUAAUGAACAAUGGAUAUUUUUAUCUUCAAAAGAUGCCGAUCUUCUAGAUAGGCAACAAACUGAAGAACUGUUUGAGAGGACUAAACCAACACAUGUUAUACAUUUAGCUGCUAUGGUUGGCGGACUUUUCAGGAACUUAAAAUACAACUUAGAUUUUUUCAGAAAAAAUACUUUAAUGAAUGAUAAUGUGCUUCACAGUUCAUACAAGUAUAAGGUAAAGAAAGUUGUGUCUUGUUUGUCGACGUGUAUAUUUCCUAACAAAACAACUUAUCCAAUCGAUGAAUCUAUGAUUCACAAUGGCCCUCCACAUGAUUCCAAUUUUGGUUACUCCUAUGCAAAACGAAUGAUUGAUGUCCAAAAUAGGGCAUACCAUCAGCAAUAUGGAUGUCAUUUUACCUCAAUAAUUCCAACAAAUGUUUAUGGACCUCAUGAUAAUUACCACCUGGAAGAUGCUCACGUUGUACCUGGUCUGAUUCACAAAGUUUAUUUAGCCCAAAAAAACAAUACACCAUUGACAAUUUUUGGUACUGGAGCACCUCUGAGACAGUUUAUUUAUUCUUUGGAUCUAGCACAAUUGAUAGUAUGGGUCUUACUGCAUUAUGAAGAAAUUGAUCCUAUCAUAUUGUCUGUUGGAGAAGAAGAUGAAGUUUCUAUCAAAGACGUUGCUAAUAUGGUGAUAAAAUCAAUGAAUUUUACUGGAGAAGUAAUUUACGAUACCAGUAUGUCAGAUGGCCAAUUCAAGAAAACAGCCAGCACCACUAAACUUAGGAAAUAUUUACCAAAUUUCAAAUUUACACCAAUUGAACAAGGUAUCAAAGAUGCCUGUGAUUGGUUUGUCCAAAACUUUGAAAGUGCACGAAAGUGAAAUGAAGUUUCAUGCAAUGACAGCAGACUGCAAUUUUUGUUGUUUAACGAAUGAAAUAGAAAUUUUUUCUAAAUUUUUUUUCUGUGAAUUUUCAGAUUUGGCUAAAGGCUCUACAAAGCCAAAUUUGUGAGGGGCAAAAGGAUAAGUCCAUAACUCGCUAUAUUUUUGUUGGUGUAUAAUUGAAGAAUGAGGGAUGUUUAUACAGACAAGCUUGCAUACAUGGGCUGUAUGCGACAGAUUAUCAACAUGGGUUUGAUUUAGGAUAUGCCUAACAGAGAGCAUAAUAUUCAGUGUUUAAAGAAAUAUCUCCAAAGAAGGAUUUGCAUAAAAUGGACAGAUAAAGAAAUUCAACUUCUAUAGAUUUAUCUCCAAUUUGGGAAAUAAUUUAGUUAAUAUUUUUUAGAUGUUUUAAAACCAAAAACAGUCUUUAUGUUACCUUUACAAAAACAAGAAUACUUUAUCUUCUUGAGUGGUGUAUUUGUUUUACUUGGAAUCUUAUUGCUAACGCUAAGUGAUUUAUUAAAAUAUAAAAGGUUUUUCUUAUAAUGCAAGCAGAAUUUGAGG